AUCUGGCUAAUCCUUUGAUUGACUCUUCCUACUGAAACAGUUGAUGUUAUUAGAGCCAUCCCUUUAACUCAGAAUGCUCAGCUGCAAGACAGCAUGUUCUGGACUGGCUCAAUGGAUGGCUCCUUCACGGUUAAAUCGGCAUACCAACUCACUCAAGCCCAGCGAAAUCUGGCUAAUCCUUUGAUUGACUCUUGGCGCUGGAUCUGGAAGUUACAAUGUGCUGAGAGAAUUAGGAUUUUCAUUUGGCUCGUCGUACAUGGCAGACUAUUAACAAAUUCUAUACGAGUUACACGUCACAUGUCUUCUUCUCCUACUUGCCCCAGGUGUAAUCUAUCAGAUGAAACUCCUAUUCAUUUGUUACGGGACUGUUACUAUGCACAAAUUAUUUGGGGGAUGCUGGGUUUUGCAACAACUGAUUUUUUUACCACAGAGUUACUCUCUUGGCUUAAGAAGUUUUCAACUCCUUCACGUAUGAGCAUACAUGCAGGGAUUCCACGAGCUUUAUUGUUCUUAUCUGCACUUUGGCUCCUUUGGAAAGACAGGAAUGCUCUCAUCUUCAGGAAUCAUCAAUCGAGACCACAAGAGCUAUGUGCUUUGAUUUUUCAACAAGCAAAAUAUACUAUGAUCGCACUAAACCCCAUCUCUCGGGUUCCAUCUAGGCAGCACAGAUGGGUAAGUUGGAUUCCACCGGAUGCAGGAUGGUACAAGCUGAAUUCUGAUGGGUCUUACAGUGCAGCUAGAAAUUCUGCUAGUGCUGGGGGCUUGAUUAGAGACAAUUCUGGCAGCUGGGUUUCAGGAUUCACAGUUAAUGUGGGGUGCACCUCUAUUCUCAUAGCAGAACUUUGGGGUCUUAGAGAUGGGCUUCGGUUAUGCCAAUCCCUUGGACUUUCUCGUGUUAUUGCAGAAAUGGACUCUCUUAUCUCUGUUCGCCUUAUUAAUGAGAACCGGGAACCAGAUAACUUGACUGCAGCUAUCCUAUUGGAAAUUAAAACCUUGAUGCAGGGAUUUGAUGCGUGCAUAUUGCAACACACCUUACGAGAGGGUAACUCCGCAGCCGACUUUUUAGCCUCCCUGGGACACUCCACUUCACCAGGAUUACAUAUUUGGGAUUCUCCUCCAAGUGGAUUAUGGACUAUCCUGGAAGGGGAUCAGAUGGGGGUCUGCUUCCUCCGUUAGUGGUUUUCCUUGUUUUAGUUAUUUAGAUUAUCUGUUGCACC